AUACCGUUGGAGUAGCAGCUGAAACGGGACCAUUUUCGGCAUUUUCUUUGUUUAAUUUAAAUAAGUGGCCUAUUUGUUGUUAACUUGUGUCCCUCUAAUAACAUCACAAGAUGGUUGGAAAGAUGAACAAACUAUAUGUCCACAAAAGAGGUGGGAGAGUAGAGGAGGUUCAUAUUGAUAAGAUAACAUCCAGGAUCAAGAAGCUGUGCUAUGGGCUUAAUAUGGACUUUGUGGAUCCUGUGUCCAUAACCCUGAAAGUCAUAGGCGGCAUUUACUCUGGGGUGACCACCGUGGAGCUGGACAACCUAGCAGCCGAGACUGCAGCCACCAUGACCACUGACCACCCUGACUAUGCUGUGCUUGCUGCUCGCCUGGCCAUCUCUAACCUGCACAAGGAAACUAGGAAACACUUCUCAGAUGUGAUAACCGACUUGUACAACAUCAUCAACCCCCACACCAAGAAACGCACGCCGAUGAUUUCAGACUUCCACUACGAAAUUGUAAUGAAACAUAAGGAGCGACUGGAUUCUACAAUUGUCUAUGAUAGAGAUUUCAAAUACAACUAUUUCGGUUUUAAGACACUGGAAAGAUCAUAUCUUUUGAAGAUAAAUAACAAGGUCGCAGAAAGGCCCCAACACAUGCUGAUGCGAGUCGCAAUCGGUAUCCACGGCGAAGACAUCGACGCCGCCAUCAACACGUACAACCUACUGUCGGAGAAGUACUUCACGCACGCGAGCCCCACGCUGUUCUCGGCCGCCACGCCGCGCCCGCAGCUGUCCUCCUGCUUCCUGCUCGCCAUGAAGGACGACAGCAUCGAGGGCAUCUACGACACGCUCAAGCAGUGCGCGCUCAUCUCCAAGUCGGCCGGCGGCAUCGGCGUGCACGUGCACUGCAUCCGCGCCAAGGGCUCCUACAUCGCCGGCACCAACGGCGUGUCCAACGGGCUCGUGCCCAUGCUGCGCGUCUACAACAAUACGGCGCGCUACGUGGACCAGGGCGGCAACAAGCGCCCCGGCGCCUUCGCCGUCUACCUCGAGCCCUGGCACGCCGACAUCUUCGAGUUCCUGGACUUGAGGAAGAACACCGGCAAGGAGGAGGUUCGCGCGAGGGAACUGUUCUACGCCCUGUGGAUCCCGGACCUGUUCAUGAAGAGGGUGGAGGCCAAUGAGAACUGGAGCCUCAUGUGCCCCCACGAUAGCCCCGGGCUCGCCGACUGUUGGGGAGACGAGUUCGAAGCCCUCUAUGUAAAAUAUGAGCAAGAAAAUCGAUUUGUCAAACAAGUGAAAGCACAAAUUCUCUGGAAAGCUAUUAUUGAGGCGCAGGUGGAAACGGGAACGCCCUUCAUGCUCUACAAGGAUUCUUGCAACAGAAAGAGCAAUCAGAAAAAUCUGGGAACCAUCAAAUGCAGCAACCUUUGCACUGAAAUUGUCGAGUAUACGUCGUCCGACGAGGUCGCCGUCUGUAACUUGGCUUCGAUAGCUCUUAACAUGUUUGUGAAUGAUGACAAGACGUACAAUUUCGAAAAAUUGAAGGAUGUGACCAAAACGAUCACCCAGAAUUUGAACAAAAUCAUUGACGUCAACUUCUACCCAGUGCCGGAGGCAAGGAACUCUAACAUGAGGCACCGACCGAUCGGCAUCGGAGUCCAGGGCCUGGCGGACACUUUCGUCUUGAUGAGGCUGCCGUAUGAAAGCGAGGGCGCGAUUAAACUGAAUCAGCAGAUAUUUGAGACCAUUUACUAUGGUGCAUUGGAGGCCAGUUGUGAGUUGGCAGAGAAGCUCGGAGUGUACGAGACAUACGAAGGCAGCCCAGCCAGCCAAGGCGUAUUGCAGUACGAAAUGUGGAACAAGACCCCCACUGACCUAUGGAACUGGGCCGCUCUCAAAGAAAAGAUCGCAAAACACGGCCUCCGCAACUCCCUCCUGCUGGCUCCCAUGCCCACAGCUUCCACCGCACAAAUAUUAGGGAACAAUGAAUCUUUUGAGCCAUUCACAUCCAACAUUUACCAAAGAAGGGUUCUGUCUGGUGAAUUCCAGGUGGUCAACCAUCACCUACUCCGCGACUUGACUGAGGCAGAUUUAUGGGACGAAGAUAUGAAGAAUCUCAUUAUCCACAACAAUGGCUCCAUACAGAACAUAGAGACUAUUCCUAAAGAAAUCAGAGACUUGUACAAGACAGUUUGGGAGAUCUCGGUCAAAACCACCAUUCAGAUGGCGGCCGACAGAGGUGCAUUUAUUGAUCAGAGUCAGUCAUUCAAUAUUCAUGUGGCCGAGCCGAACUACGGCAAGUUGACGUCUAUUCACUUCUAUGCUUGGAAAAUGGGUCUGAAAACUGGCAUGUACUACCUGCGGACCAAGCCGGCCGCGAACGCUAUCCAGUUUACUGUCGAUAAAUUUAAAGCGAAAACAAAGGUCACUAACGGAACUACUAAUGGCACUACGAAUGACAACGCUGAAAGAGACGAAGCGAACAUGGCCGCGAUAACCUGCUCUUUACAGAAUAAAGACGAAUGUCUAAGUUGUGGAUCUUAGGAACCACGAUUAUGUUCUUAAGAUCCAAUAAGUUAAUAUUUUGUAAGCUAGAAUUAUGCAUGAAACAAUAAUGUGGAUAAUAUGCGUGUAAGUUUGUAAUUAAGUGUAUUAAUAUUAUAUAAGUAAGUACUAAGCAAUACAAUAAAUGCCUAUUUUCAUACCAA